AUGGCUCGACCAAACUCGCCUGAUUUGCCGCUGAAGCGUACCAAAAAGAGAAGACGACACAAUUUAAUGUUAUUUGUUGAGCUGGAACUCUUGGCUGAGCUUGGAGCUGAACUUGGGACCACUGGAAGAAGAAAUUUGGAGACCCGCAUAGUCAGCAUAUUCAUUUUAACCAAAAGGAAAAACCUUUGUAGGAGUCGUCACAAAAUAUUUUUCCUCCGUAAUAAAUUUUAUCUUUUUCAAAUUUCAGAUGGAUUUGGGCUCCGCCUACAAAUUUGGGAUACCGCUGGUCAAGAACGCUUUCGCUGUCUCAUCCCAUCUUACCUGCGUGACUGUCACGUCAUUCUGGUGUGUUUUGACGUGACAAACUGUUGUACAUUGGACAAUGUGCCAGACUGGAUUGAAUUGGCGCAAAAGGAGAGAUUUGGACGCAUUAAAAAGCCAUUGAUUGUUCUGGUGGGAAAUAAAGUGGACGAAAAAAGUUCACGGCAGAUUUCCUACGAAUGUGCCAGCACCGUGGCUGACCUCUUCCAAAUCCCGUAUGUGGAGACCAGUGCCCUGUCCGGGUUUAAUGUGGAGUUAUUGUUUAGAAAGAUAGCCAAAGACUUAUACGUGGAAGAACUGGACAGACAGAGGCAAAAUGAAGACUCUGACAUCGACGAGGAAAAAAGAAAAGACAGAAAAGUCGUUAAGCUUGUUAAGACAAAAGAACAAAGAAAAGCUAUUCCAAUGAAACUUGAUAGGUGUAUGUGUAGUUGAAAAUGGUUCAAUUAAAUAAACUUUGACGCAGUAA